AUGAAGGGUAUCAUUCUGUCAAUCUCAAUAAUGCUACUAAUUUUUCAGGUACCAGUUUAUGGAAGUAAUGAAGAUGGAUCACUUGGUCGUUGUAAUCCUGGAUUUACAGAUAAUGAAGAACAACAUGAUGGAGGAAAUGAUUCAGGUCAAAGCCCACAGGAUGGUUCGUCUCAUGGCCCCGUUCAAGACGGAGAUCAACCUACUGAUAGCGGGUCUGGUGGCCAAGAUCCUGUUACAGAACAGCCUGGCCCGUCUGAUGGCACCGAUGGUGGUUUGAGUGCCGAAGUUAUCGUUGCUUCUACAAGCACUACUAAUGAGAACGGAACAGAGACCACCGAAAGAAUGUGUAGUUGCAGUUGUGAUUGUGGUGCUCUUGGUGAUCUUGUUACCGCCGCCAGUAGUGUCUUAAGUAGCUGCUUUGGGAGGAGUUAA